AUGGACCCGAUUCAUAUCAGCAUGGCCAGCGCACCCCUGGUGAAGCACACCGCUGGUGCUGGCCUCAAGGCCAACAGACCCCGAGUCAUGUCCAAGAGCGGGCACAGCAACGUGAGAAUUGACAAAGUGGACGGCAUAUACUUGCUCUACCUCCAAGACUUGUGGACCACCGUCAUUGACAUGAAGUGGAGAUACAAGCUCACCCUGUUUGCUGCCACGUUCGUGAUGACCUGGUUUCUGUUCGGGGUGAUCUACUACGCCAUUGCCUUUAUCCACGGGGACCUGGAGCCCAAUGAGCCCCCUUCCAAUCACACUCCAUGCAUCAUGAGAGUGGACUCCCUCACCGGGGCAUUCCUGUUUUCUCUGGAAUCCCAGACGACCAUCGGCUACGGAGUCCGUUCCAUCACCGAGGAAUGCCCUCACGCCAUCUUCCUCUUGGUGGCCCAGCUGGUCAUCACCACCUUGAUUGAGAUCUUCAUCACGGGCACCUUCCUGGCCAAAAUCGCCAGACCCAAAAAGCGGGCGGAGACCAUCAAGUUCAGCCACUGCGCCGUCAUCACCAAGCAGAACGGGAAGCUGUGCUUGGUGAUCCAGGUGGCCAACAUGAGGAAGAGUCUUCUGAUCCAGUGCCAGCUCUCGGGGAAGCUCCUGCAGACCCACGUCACCAAGGAGGGCGAGCAGAUCCUCCUGAACCAGGCCACCGUCAAGUUCCACGUGGACUCCUCUUCGGAGAGCCCCUUCCUCAUCCUGCCCAUGACGUUCUACCAUGUGCUGGACGAGACGAGCCCCCUGCGGGAUCUCACCCCCCAGAACCUGAAGGAGAAGGAGUUUGAGCUGGUGGUCCUCCUCAACGCCACCGUGGAGUCCACCAGUGCUGUCUGCCAGAGCCGCACAUCUUACAUCCCAGAGGAGAUCUACUGGGGCUUCGAGUUUGUGCCUGUCGUUUCUCUCUCGAAAACCGGCAAGUACGUGGCUGACUUCAGUCAGUUUGAACAGAUCCGGAAGAGCCCGGAUUGUACCUUUUACUGCGCGGAUGCUGAGAAGCAGAAACUCGAAGAGAAGUACAGACAGGAGGAUCAGAGGGAAAGAGAGCUGAGAACGCUUUUGCUGCAGCAGAGCAAUGUCUGA